AUGGACAGGCGCGUCGCGACCUGGCAUCGCGUCGACAUUCGCCGCGUGCCGACGCUCGUCAAAGAAGUGGAUGCGCUCGAGAAGCAAGUCGCAGAGUUCAAGAAGACGCUGCCCGACACCGAGCUCUCAAUCUUGCUCGAUGCCGUGGAGCGCCGCGUGGACGAAGUCGAUGAGCUACGCCGCACACACGCGGACGAUCCGCGAGCCGCGCACUUGGACCAUCAGCUGCUGCGGCUGCGCGAGGUGGCCCAGACCCUGGCCAAGCCCGCGCCGCGUACAGCAGCACCAAAUGCGCGUCUUUUCAACAGUCCGCAUACCAAGGACACGCCACCUCGUCGCAGCAACAGCAACCAGCAGCUCACGCCGCCGGCAAAGCCUGCCAAACAACAGCCUCUCUACAAGUGGGAAACGAAGGACCCCGCGCCACGCAGCUGGACCAAGCUCGCGCCGUCGCGCGAUUUUUACAUCCUGCGCGAGCCAGGACACUACUCGACCGACAGUCCCGUGCUCAAUACGCUCGAACUCGACGGUGUAUUUGAGUUUCAGAUCGUCAUGACGCGCGACGAGUGGAAGACGCAUCAGUACGAAGGCCGUCGGCUGGCGGCCGAGACAAAGCACCUCGAGCGCGCCAAGAAAUCUUCGGCGGCCAAGACACCACGCUACACGCCGUCGCUUCAGACGGCGGCACCGUACAUCGAACCGACGCGCAUCGAGAAGAGCAUUUACCGCUAAACCA